CGUGUUUGGAUAUAGAUAUAGAUUGACUUGAGUAUAGCCUUUAAUGAAUACGCAUAAUCAAUCGAAAAGAAAGUGAAGACUGCGAAAACAAUGCGCAGUUUUGAGGCUCUUUAAGCAGCUUCAGUUGACGUUAAUACGGAAGUUGGGUUUGUUGGUCCUGGUUCUUCUGCAUCACUGUUUCAUGUUUAGAGUUUAAAUCAGGGACGUCAGAGAGGAUAAAAAGUUAGAACCUGAGGAAUAAUGUCGGAGAAAGGCAGUGGACCUGUGGCCCGGACGGUGCUGCAGCAGUGUCUGCAGGCCAGGCUGCAGGUGAAACCAGCAGAGGAAGACUCAGAGGCCCAGUUUGUCCAGAUCGACAGGGGGAUGGUGAUCUACAUCUGCUUCUUUAAAGGAGCCACAGACGACAUCUUGCCCAAGAUGGUGUCCACUCUGCUGAAUGUACGGCUGUGUGAGUCCGACUCAGGGAAGAUGGUGUCGGUGCUGGAGCUCCCGGGCAGCGUGCUGAUCGUCCCUCAGGCCACGCUGGGCGGGAAGUCCAAAGGCAGAGCUAUGCAGUACCACAACAACAUCAGCAAGGAGGACGGGCUGCGGCUGUACGGCAGCUUCGUCUCUCUGUGUGAGAAGGAACUGGCGGCUGCUGCUUCAGCUGAGAGCGGAGCUGAAGUGAAACACGGGACUUAUGGGAACAGACAAGUGCUGAAACUGGACACCAACGGACCCUACACACACCUGAUGGAGUUCUGACCCGCAGGGAAGACGAGGAGUUGGACUUAAUGUUUGAAUAUUUACCAUCAAGGCUGCAGCAGCCAUCGAUGUAUCAUGUGAUUUAUAAUUUUGUGAUAAAAAAACAAAACACAGA